AUUAGGAAAAGGACGACCCCGAGGUAUAUUUUCCAGUCCUUAAAAACUGCAACUAUAACACCGACACACCACUUAUAAACGCGGAGGUACACAACCUAAAGCCGGGAUGUGCUCCGUGGUCGGCUGUGAUUCGUGGCGUCGCAGUGCGCAGCGUUUCAACUUACCAGAAGACCCAGAGAAGAGACUGGAGUGGGUCCAGUUUCUUGCCGAAGUCAACGGACAACGUUUUAAAGAGUCGUCCUGGACUGAUAUCACUAUUUGUAUCGAGCACUUUGCAAAUGACUGUUAUGAAAGCCUGACUGACACGGUCCAGCUGAAGCCCAGAGCUGUCCCAUCACUGUGUGUCAAGUCAGAGCCAGAAGAACCUGACCCGGAACAUGCAGGCAUUAAAUGUGAGGAGCCUUUGGAAACCCAAGAAGUGUCUUAUCAAUGUGUUCAAAUUAAAACAUGUGACAGUCCAGCUUACUAUUCUGAAGAAUCUUCAGCCCCAGCAGCUGCUCAAGGAAGCCCAGCGCCAAGUGAUGUCUCAUGUUCAUCCAAUACUGCAGAUCCUGGCAUGUAUGAUUAUGGUCAGAUGCUACAAAAAGUUAAGAACCUUGAUAUAAUCAGGGAAAAGGCUGCAGCUCUUCAGAAGAAAGGGCAGUAUGUUGUGAACGAAAAACGACUCCUCAAGCUGUUUAAUUUGAAGUGCCCUCUGUGUGGGUCUAAAGUAAAGGUGGAGAAAAUCACCCAUGGGAUACUCCUCAUCAUGAACCAACAGUGCCUUCAGUGUGAAUACAGAAACCAAUGGAAGAGUCAGGUCAAUGCAAGUGUCCCCACAGCUCAUCUGACAGGAGGCAUAGAUGUAACUUUAGAGACUCAACAGGAAGUGUCAACAGAUGACAACCACAGUAGCAUCACAGGUGUCUCUGAGAUCGUUGCUGUUAUCGAUGAGCAAAGUGAUCCAAUGGAUGAAACCGACUCAAGCGAUGACGGUGACAUGGGCUCAGAUGAAGAAUGGAAUCCAGCAGUAGAGAUUUCAGUGGUUGAAGAGCUCCAAAGUGAAUCUGCUGAAACUGAAUACGAAGAUGAUGAUGAUCCUGCCCCCAAACACAGUCAGCUCUGCACAGAGUGUGGAAUGUUUUUCAAUAAAUUAAAGCCCCACACUUGUGAGCAUAAAAUUAAACCUUAUUCUUGUAACAUUUGUGGCAAGAGAUGUGUCACUGAGACCGCUCUUAACACUCACAGCAGAAUCCAUGAUGACAACUAUGAACAUCGGUGCAAAUACUGCAAUGUUACAUUCAAAACAAAAGUGGACAAAAUCACUCAUGAGCAGAUCCACAUAUCUGAAGAAAAACCAUAUAAAUGUCCAGACUGCUCAGAGAAUUUUGCCACCAAUAAACAACGCAGAGUUCACCUGAAGGUUCAUGGAGGCCCCAGGACAUUUAAAUGUAACAGCUGUGGGAUUGAAUUUGUCUCACAGCUUAAUCUCCAGAGACAUGAAGUUGUGCAUACUGGAGUGAAGCCGUACAAGUGUUCAGUUUGCCAACGUGGCUUCAACCAGGCAGGCCAUCUCAAAUCCCACAUGCGCCUACACACAGGGGAGAGGCCUUAUAAGUGUCAGCAUUGUGACAAAUGCUUCAAUCACAAUGUGAGCUUGAAGAGUCAUGUGCAAUGUUACCACACAUCCAAAACUAGAUGUGAACAAAAGAAGAGGAGAAACAAAAGGACCAGUGACAGUGGUGAUGCUCAAGAGAACGGGGAUGAGAGAGACUCAGACUCAGAACAUGACAAUGUAGAGGAAGAUUAUACAGAUUCAGAGGUGCAGGAUGAUAGAAUAGGCAUACCUAAAAAGAAAAGGAAAAAGAGAAGCACGGGUAGACCCAUAGGAAGGCCAAAAAGCAGCGCUACAGGCAGCUCAGCUCAGACUGAAGGCCAGGGUUCAAACUCUAAGAAUGCCAAAGUAAAGCCUCAGAAGUUAAAGAGAACGUGUUACAGUGAUGAGGAAAGUGAAGACCAGCAGACUGAGAGUGACACAUCCUUUGACCCAUCAGAUAAAGAAGAGGUCAAGAGCAAGAGAAAGAGGAAGAGCAUACAUUCUGACAGUGACUCUGAUUUUGACCCAGAACAGACAAAGAAAAUGAGCAGCCAGAAGACUGGUAAGAGCUCAGGGAAGCGAAAGGGACGACCAAGAAAGAAUAUAGUGAUCUGACAAAUCUUAAAAAUGACUAAAAGAAAGGAAUCAAAUCAUAAUAUGACACCCAAGACAGAUUAUUUUAACAUUUUAUAGCCUACUUGUCUGUCACUGUUAAGAAAAAAAAAACAUUGCUUUGAUAUUAGUGUAUGUUUUAAUGUAGACUGUGGGAUCAUAUUGGUUAAAAGUAUAUUAAAUAGAGCUGA